AAUAAGAACUGCCAUACCACAAAUUUCAUUUUAAAUACAACAAGCAAUAUUAAGCGUCAGUUUUGACUUAUUAUAUUUGGUUCAUAAUUUACGAUUAAUGGAUUUCAGGAAAAAGUUGUCAAUUUUAGUAAUUACUGGAUAUUUGAUUAUUGAGGUUUUUCUGUUAUGUGGUUUGUUUACAAACGAAUGGAUAAAGACAAACGAAUAUCAUCUCGGCUUAAGACUAUAUUGUAACGAUACCAACUAUGAAACCAGCUGUUACAACGUUCAUGACGAUGUGGAUAUACUCCAUAAUCUUAAAACUUAUAGUAGAAGUUCCUUCUUGUAUUUGCUUGAUACAGUGUUUUAUCUGUCAAUUGGGGCAUGUAGCUGGGCCGGUUUGGUUAUUAUCGUUAUGCUGCUUUCUUUAUUUUGUAACGGAUGUAAAGGACCAAAGACCUGUAAAUGUGCCAGCUUUGUCAUGUUUGCUUGGUGCAUGAUACAAGGUGCGGCUUUGAAUAUAUUUUUUACAGCAAUCAUGUCAGCACUUUCUGCAAGUUUAAGUGAUGCUGGAUGGUCAUUCUAUUUGGAAUGUACCACACUUUGUAUAUCAUGGUUUUUACUUAUAAUGUAUGUCAUAACUUUGUGCUGCUGUGAAGAUGGUUUUUGUCGAGACAGUGCAACUGUUGGUGUACUGGACGAUAUUCCCAGAUUCAAACAACCACCAGUUGAUCAGUCCGUGAGUGUCGGAAACGACGUCACAAUUCAUACAAUAGUAGAUAAUGCCAACAAUGUUAUUUGGAAUAAAGGAAGCGAUCGAGUUAUCAAGUUUUCGACAUGCCAUAGAGAGGAAUUUAAUGAAGCCAUUGGGCAUGCCACUUUAAUAAUCACCAAAGCGAGGUUUCAGGAUGAUGGCGUAUACGUGUGUAUUGCUGAAAGGUAUGGGAAGCCCACAAAACAAGUUCGCCAUGAGAUCCACUUGAAUGUUCGACCUGUGAAACCGGAAUUUCUUCAGAAAUUAGUAGAUACCUUCGUCGAUAGUGGGGAAUCAUUUAAUCUUGAAGCUGAGGUCCGACCGUCUGAAUCAGUCACAUCAGUUACCUGGCAACAUAAUGGGGAAGAUAUUACGUCAUCAAAUGUAAACAGGAAGUUGUUAUGUAGGGAUGGAAAACUAAGUUUGAAAGUUUUAAAUGCUACUACUAAAGACUCGGGGAAGUACUCUUGUAUCGCAAAAUCAAAGGGAACUUCAAGCCAUGAAGAGGAAUCUAUAUCUCACUGUCAUGUCACAGUUCACAGCGCUCUUUCAUCCGCAAUUGAAAACGUAUUAGGAGAUGAACAGGUUAUUGAAGGCUGUGCACCCAUGAAUCACAUAAUCCAUGUACUGCCUGAUCCAAAUGCCGUACAUAUGUAACAGUUGAGUCGGCAAGUAUUAAAAGAAACAAGACAACUGUUAGUAAAGAAAAAAAAAACAAAUAGGGGUAGUGAAUGGCAGGUCUCGUUUAGAGACUCUAUUCAUCUUUUU